UACUACUACUACAGUCAGUCCUUUGUUUGUUUUUCCAGCAGCAAGGUGCCAAGGCAGUAGUGGAGUGUUCUGUUAAGGAUACAGUUCUUGUUUGUGAGCUGGGAAAUCCAUUUAAAAGCAAUCAGAAGGUUAAGGUUUGGAUUAUUUUUCAGCCGUCUGAGAUCAGUUUAGACACCAGAGAGAUUCAGUCUGUGUUGCAGCUGUCCACGCUCAGUGAGCAGUCAGAUCUGGUUCCCGUCUCUGUCUCCAUGUUGGUGGAUUAUUCACUACAGACGUCUCUUAAUCUAAUAAAUCCGCCAGGCUUCACCUCCUUCAGUGGUAAUGUGAUCGGUGAGUCUGCAAUGAAAACCACAGAGGAUGUCGGCAGUCUGGUGCUUUUUACUUUGCAGGUCCACAUCAAAGGGAAGCCAUUGGGUCACCUUGGUAACCUUGAGGUGGAGUUUGAUUGGCCAAUGGAGGUGUCCAACGGGAAGUGGCUGCUGUACAUCGCAGAGAUCCAAGUGAACGGUACAUCACAGCCUCACUGUGCUCCGCCCGGCAACAUAAUCAACUCCCUCAACCUCAAGCUGUCAAAGGAGGACCAGAAGGAGAGGAGGAGGCGGAGUCUGGAGGAGAAAGGGAAUGAGACAAAGGACUCCAAGGGUGGAAAAACUCUUCCUGUCCUCCACCUGCAGGGACUGAAAAAGAAGUCCUACACUCUGGACUGUGUCCAUGGGGCUAAAUGUGUGAAGUUUACCUGUCCGUUGGGCAACAUGGACAACUCAGCGACCCUGACUGUCAGAGCACGGCUGUGGAACUCCACCAUGAUAGAGGACUACAGUGACGCUAGGACUGUGUUGGUCCGAAGCCAGGCAACUUUGAAACUGCAGACUAGCAAACCCACCAUCAGCAUGGAGUCUCAAAUCACAGAGAUUGAGAUCACCAUUUAUCCAGACCAGGGGCAGCAGGUGGACUCCGGUGCCCCACUGUGGAUAAUGGUGGUGUCUGUCCUAUCAGGAGUCUUACUACUGGCUCUGAUCUGCCUGCUGCUUUGGAAGUGUGGUUUCUUCAAGAGAGCCAGCACCAGAGAGCUGUACCAGCCAAAGACCCAGAAAGCCCACAUGAAGAGCCAGCCGUCUGAGCAUGAGAGGCUGGACCAGGAGCUCUGAGGCUGGGUUCACUGCUGCCAGAGAGCCCUGCUUGUGGUUUCUUUGAGCGCCGGAGUACGUGGCGGACUACAGUGCUCCAUCAGGGGAGGAUUCUGGACAAAGACCAGCAGCAGCAGCAGUAUACUGACGCUGAUGGUUUCCUGAUCCAAGACCAAGCAUCGUCAUCCAGAGGCAGGAAGUCCCCGAAACACUGGGUCACCUCCUGGACUGAGGCAAACUAAGGCUGCGUUCACACUGCAGCCAAUGGUGAUCUGAAUCUGACCAUAUUUAAAAAGUGAUGUAAACAGCCAAACAAAACAAUCAGAUCUGAGCAAAAAAAACUGAAUUGAGAAUUAUGGCUUGCAGUGUGAACGCAGCCUCAGAGACCAGAGAUAUCCAUGGCAUUAGAUUCUGAACUGGACCAAUGUAUUGUGAACCAGACUAAACCAGUUCCACACAGAACUGGGCCGAACCAUACCAAAACAUCCUGAAUGGAACCAACACAUCCUGACCAUGAUCGAGCCAGACUAACAAAUCAUGAACUACACCAAACCAGAUCAGCACAUCCAGAACCCUACCAAGUCAUCCUGAACCAGACUGAAAUGGAACAACUUAUGCUAAACCAGACUGAGCCAGACUAACCCAUCAUAAACCCGAAAAAACAAAGACAAAUACAUCCUGUAACGGACCAAACUAGCCCAACACACCCUAAACCACACUGGGCCCAAUCAACACAUUCUGAACUGCACCAAGCCAGAGCAUCUCAUUAUGUACUGGAACAAACCAGAAAAUACUUUGAUGACCAGGUCAAUUCAGACCAUUCCAUCCUUGACCAGAUCAAACCACAAGAUCAUCACAUACUGAACCACACCAAUCUCUCCUGGACCAAACCAAACCAGAAAGGGGCCUUCUGAAUAGGACCAAACCAGACCAACUCAUACAGAAAAAAAGAACAGAACAGUUUAGCCUUGACCCGACCAAAUCAGAACUAAUCCUUAACUAAGCCAAAAAAAUCUGAAACUGGACCAACACAUCCAAACCAGAUGAACAAAUCCUGAAUCAGACCAAGUGAGAUAAACAAAUCCUACAAAGGACCAACACAUCCUAAACCAGACCAAAUCAGACCAACACAUCCUGAGCUAGACCAAACAGUCUCUUCCAUAAUCAGACAAACAAAUCCAUAACCAAACCAACCAAACUAACUCGCCUAAAACUGCCUGAAGUACAUCGAGAAAUUCUCAACCAAACCAGGCCAAACUGAACCCAACACUGCCAUUUUAAUACCUGCCUUCUUGUGUGUAUGCGUGUCUACUGCCCUACGAAAACCUUUCAAACUGUUUACAGAUACGUUCUGUAUUUAAACACAAAGAUACAAGGUUUUCAAAUGACAGUUCUGAACGUGUUUUUAUGUGUAUCUGUGAAAAGUAUUUCCCAGCAUCCUUGCUGCCUCUGAGGUAGGUCGGAUAUAAAGUACUGAAGAUGCCAAAAACUAAGUAGUUCCUGUAUUAAAUGGUUUAAAAAAAAAAUGCUGUCAGGAAUUUGUGUGGUGUUGAACUCCAGUGCUGUAGGAUCCAACAAAACAGCUUUAGCAAAUAGAAAUCUAACAGCCGGCUUGUAAAUGAUUGUUUUUGUGUCCUUUUUUUAGAUGUUUUAUAUAAUUGUAAUAAUUCAGUCCUUGAAAGCGGCACAUGUUUGUGUGUAAUAUUAUGUGGUGUGUCAUCACUGUGGUGAACUGUUGUCCGUAUGUUUCCUGUUUGUUGAUGACAUUAAAGUAUUUUUUGAUAGAUAAAUGG